GAUAUGGUAGAAUCAAAUCCUAUAUAUUUGACCUGUAGGCCUAUACCGUGUUCAUUGAUGCAACCGUUCCACACAUAACACGUAAGCCAACAUUGGAUUAAAGGGGAAGGGAAAUCCCAUUUGUGUGUACAUCCUGUGUAUCCCAUGUCCAUAUCUUUAGUGGCUUAAGGCCUUAUGUUGUAUCUCAUUAGAGCUGCCUGGCUGUUACUCAACCAGUCUUACACAAACCAUGCGGUCAUCGAUGCCACCAGGCACCAGGCCAAUGGGUUCGGUGGUCAUCAUCACACAAUAACGCUCAUGUUGCAUACCUGCUAAUGGACAGAUAUAAUUGUGAACCGAUUUGACCUCUUAGUAAAUUAUAUUAAUAAAUAUUUUCAUGUUAUGGAGAAGGAAAGCUUACACUUGUUCACAAUUCAUUGAUAGAUAUAAAUCUGUAAAACAAAUGCUUGGUAUAAGAUAAUAGUCGAGUCAUUAAAUAAUGCAAAAUUAAACAUAAAUGUGGGCACAAUUAAAUGUUUGUAAUAAACCGGACAAUAUGAAUAGAGAAGGUUUAUAAUGAUUAACAAACAACCCUAAUGUGUCUGAGCUGCUCCUCAACAACUUCCUACUACUCUGUCAUCUAUAUAUAAAACAAAGGUCUCGCUCCACAUCAUACGAACAUCCCUAUCUUGUUGGUACGGUCCUUCCCCACCAAAGCGCUUGGCUCUACCUGGACGCAGUCGGACGACCCCAUCAGGCCGAGGACGGGGGUGGAGGAUGGAUCGGGGUUAGAGAGGGCUUAAACGCAUGCUGUUCUGUAAAGGUUUAGUGUAAUCCGCACAGUUGACAGACACUCAAAAUAACCGCUAUGUACGCAGCACUCCGCAACCUUGCGCCGGAAGAAACCAAGACGUGAGGACGAGAGGAAAAAUCCCGGACACAAGCCACACUUAUUUAAGAGUAGGCUAUUCAAGAAGAGAGUUCAAAUCCCGCGGGAGACGCCAGAGAAACGACCCCACAGACACUUGACAUUCUAGUAAACAUCCCAAAGAGGAGCCUAAGGAGUGAAGAUGUCAAAGGGGAAGCAGGGGGUCCCUGCAUCUGGCGUGCAGGGAGCCAAGGCAGAGAAUGAGCAGCCACCGACCUAUCAGGAAGCUGUUGAAGGCUAUGAGGAGAUGCAGAUCCAGUUCUCUCUGGACGACAAGGCGGUGAGAAGGAUCUUCAUUAGGAAGGUCUAUGCUAUCCUCAUGGUCCAGCUGCUGGUGACAGUAGCUAUCGUUUCUCUCUUCACGUUUAGCGGGCCGGUGCGGUUCUACAUCCAGACCCACCCUGGGUUAUACAUGGGCUCCUAUUUGACCUUCUUUGCUACGUACAUCGCAUUGACCUGCUGCGGGGAUCUCAGGAGGCAGUACCCAAUGAACCUUGUUUUGUUAUGCAUCUUUACUCUGAGCAUGGCCUCCAUGAUGGGCUUCAUGUCAAGCUUCUACAACACCAAGUCAGUGGUGCUGUGCCUGGGAAUCACCGCUAUCGUCUGUCUCUCUGUCACCCUGUUCAGCUUCCACAGCAAGUUUGACUUCACUUCCUGCCAAGGGGUGAUGCUCGCCCUCUGCGUGGUGAUGCUGCUCUGCGCCAUCACCCUCUCCAUCGUCGUGCCCUUCGGAUACGUGAGUGCCCCGACACACACCACACACACACACACACACACACACACACACACACACACACACACACACACACACACACACACACACACACACACACACACACACACACACACAAAGACACACACACACACACACAUGCGCACGCAAACAGACAUACACACACAAACAAAGACACACACACCUACACAUGCACACACGCACACGCACACAAUGACAGACACACACACACAAACACUUGUGCGCGUGCUUUCCAAACGUUUCUAGAUGCGA